UACUCAUCAUUACACAAGAAAAAGUCAGCACCUUUAUUAGUUUCACAAGAUCACUUUGUGUUCCUGACCUCUGUCCGUGAAACUAUCCUUAUCAUUUUAUUAUCGCGUCUUACCUUCACUUAUGCUGUUCCUUGGCUCUUAAAACAGCACAGGUCUCUGUGUUUUGUGUACUUCAACUUGUUGAAUGCUAGCACCCUGCCCUCUGCAAGGAGUGUUCAAGGUUCAGGAAGAUAACGAGAGGUGAGUGGCUGACGCAUAGCUGGUGUUGUGUUACCAAAGACUCAUAUCGGAUUACGGCAGACAGCAGGUUGGGUGAAACAGCAGCUGUAUUCAGAUCGCUGUGGCUCGAACACACCAGGAACUGGGACUAACAAAGAAGUUUUACUGAAGCUAAAGAAGCUAACAGAGGGCUUCCUGUUGUUUUGAGAAGGAAGUUACCAUGGGUAAGAAGACACAACACGGUCUGCUGCUUUUGCUGUGUUUGUCAGGGCUUGUUCACUAUUCAGCUGCCUUCGUGUUUUGGACAGCCGUGGUGGAAAUAAGCUAUGUUAACAGCAACAAUAAGACUGAGGACAAAUACUGUGAGUGUGGCGUGUAUGGUCGUAACUCUCCCCUGGAGAAAGCCUCUGGCAUUGUUGCGCUUCCCAAAGGAGACCCCAAAGGCUGUGGCUCAGAUCCUGUCUACAAUCGCAAUUCCAGCUCACCUGCCUGGAUAGCUCUGGUUAAAAGGGGCAACUGUACCUUCAGUGAGAAGAUCAAUGCUGCCAAACGUCAAGGAGCAGCUGGUGUGGUGGUGUACAACAUGGAUGGCAGUGGCAACAGCACCACUCACAUGUCGCACCCAGAUGCAGAUGAUAUUGUGGCUAUCAUGAUUGGCAACACUCAGGGCAUGGAGGUUGUCAAGUUGGUGAAGAAUGGGACAGAGGUUCAGAUGCUUAUUGAUGUAGGCAGCCCUCAUGGACCCUGGAUGGACACAUACUGGCUUUACUUCCUGUCCAUCGCCUUCUUCAUUGUCACAGCUGCCUCGAUCACCUACUUUGUGUUUAUCUCUGCAAAUCGUCUGUACAAUCUAAACAUGCACAAGCGCACCGAGAGGAAGCUGAAAUCUGAGGCUAAGAAGGCCAUUAGGCGUCUACAAGUACGCACACUCAAGAGAGAGGAUGAGGAAACUACUUCUGAGUCCCAUAUGUGUGCCGUGUGUAUUGAAUCAUACAAGGCAGGCGAAGUGGUAACAGUGCUAACAUGUGACCACAUCUUCCAUAAAGCCUGCAUCGAGCCCUGGCUGCUGGAGAGGAGGACCUGCCCCAUGUGCAAGUGCGACAUCCUGAAGGCCCUGGGGGUUGAGGAGGAGACAAAAGAGGACAUUUCUAAUGAAUCACCACCAGAUGUCACUGUGAUCACAGUGACAGGAGGAGAACCAUUGUACGAAGUCCCACUGACUGACCCAGCGAGCCCUGACCCAGAGAGACAUCAGCAUCGCUAUGACAACAGGGCCUUCCAGGGAGACUCCGAGGCUGCGAGAGGAUGAACAACAGCAACAGAAGCAAAACAGCAACAAACCAGGACACAGUCAAAUUCCCUGUUUGAAAUAUGAUAUUUUUCUGGGACACAUUGAACCAGCACAAUGGAAUCAAACUAUUAUUUUCCAACAGGAAAAGCAAUGUUGAUCUUGUAAUGCAGUCAUGCUAAAAUAUAUAUUUUUUAAAAGUCAAGGAUUUAAUAUCUUAAUGGAUCUUGUGUAAUCAGCUUGGAUGCCACUGCAUUUUCUUUGUGUCUGUCUUGGUGCAAGUGUGUAAUUAUUGGGUGUGUUCAUAAAGUUACCUUUAGAUAGUUUGAAUAGAUGCUGUAAACUGAGUGUGGAGUGUGCCCAGUGUCAAAUUGCUGUUUUGCACAGUGAACACACCAGCUCGACAGUCAACACUGGUUAGAGAGGAAGUGCAGCAGAGCAUUUGACUAUCUGUUUGAAUAUGCCAAAUGUCCUCGCACAAAAAACCUUGUCUUAUUAGUUUCUCACAGUCUCACAGAAUUGACAUUUGUCUUUUAAAUUCAAGGCUGAAUUUAUUUCUUAAUUCAAUUCAUUUAACCAUUUGACUUUCUUUCUGCUCUUUUCAAACUGGAGUAUGUUUUUCCAUUGUAAUUGCCAGGCUGUCAGGCUGUAUUCGCAAACACACCCUUAUGAACACACCCAUGACUGGAAAAUCCGCAUGUCACGCAUUGCACAAGAAUGAUUGAAUAGUAUCACCUGAGGGGCUGGCACUCUUUAAAAAACAUCGUCUGCAGAAACAGGUUCACAACAUUUAAAACAGGAAUUUUUAAGCCAUUUUGUUGGCCGGCAUAUAGCUUCUUUUGUGUGAGAGAGAGAGAGAGUAAUAUGGCAGUGCAAUAAAUGUCACAGGAACUGUAGAUGAUAUGCAUCCAAAAUAUGUUAUCUGUCUCUUGGAUAGGGGAAAAUCAUCUUUAUGUGUAUUGUUUUUUAAAUAAUAUAUACAGAGACAAAAUUAACAAUCAUGAAGUUCUUUCUAAAUAAUAUAUGUAAACAGCUGAUUUUCAUGUACAAACAUUAUUAUUGAACAGGUCUUCCAGGUUUUUUCCUUUUGAAUUCUUUGGAGUUGAGUUUAUUCAAGCCUUGUGGUCUACCUCUAAACUCUCACAUGGGUACAUUUUUGAACAUGUUUGAGAUUCUUGCAAUCAAAGAUUAAGCG